GUCAUAUGAUGUGACUGUAAGGAAGCAGACACACUGUGUAUUUCUUUUUUUUUUUCUUCCUCUCACAGAAACAACAGAAAGUCUUCAACCUGACAAAAGGGGAACACUGGAGGGGAAAGUUUUUUAGUGAUGUCAGUGAAUGAACCGAAACUGCUCCGCACUGACAGCUUCUCUCUUUUGGAGACUUAACAUGCACCACUGUGAUGUAACGAUAUGAGCGACACAUCGUCUGUUUUCUUCCCCGGGCUGCUGGAGCCAUGCUGCCGCAGUUUGGCCUGCAGAAGCUCGCUGGUUCUGAAGACAAUGGGUGAUAAAGAGGAGCUGGAGGAGAAGGUGAAGAAACUCCUGGUGAGGCUGAAGAUCCCGCAGGAAGACCGGCAGCUGGGCACUCUGAUCCAGAUCAUCCAGGAUCUGCUUUUCCUGGCGCACACAGACAAUGCAGCCGAACUGUUUGAGGAGAAAAAUGUCCACACCCCCCUCCUGUUUGUGCUGACGUCCUACAUCGGCAGCAAAGAAGUCCAGCAGGUGGGCUGGUCGCUGCUGUGUCGGCUGAUUGAAAUAUGCCCCAGUACGCUGGACCAGCUGACCAGACCUCUGCAGGCAGCCAAGGACUGGGAGGUACUGGGAGUGCACCAGCAGAUCCUGAAGGUGCUCUGUCAGUACAGCAGAGACCAUAAAGUCGCCAUGGUUGGACUCCGGGCCCUGGCUCUCCUGCUCAGAUCAGACUUGAUUCCUCUGCUGGUGCUGGAGGAGGAAGAGGAUGUGUUUGGUCUUGUGGUGCAGGCGAUGAAGACAUUUCCUGCCAGUGAAGAAGUGCAGCUCCAAGGCUGUGGAGCCCUGCAGCUGCUGCUGGAGAGAGUAAGUGACGACCACCUGGUGGAGUUUGUGGAGAACCAGGAUCAUCUUGUGGUUCUGGCGGCUCUGCAGAGGUUCCCUGACAACCCCGAGCUGCUCCUGCAGGCCAUGAAGGUUCUGCUCCCUCUGGCUUGUCCUGGCAGUAACGUGGAGGUGUUGAUGUCGGGAGGCGCUCGCUGCUACAGCGUCAUCAUCGCCGCCAUGGACGCCUUCCCCGAGGAGGAGGAGCUUCAGGAGACGGCCUGCUGCCUGUUCAGGAGGCUUGCGUCAGAGAGUUACUACAACAUCCUGGUACUGAACGGCGUCCAGAGGGUCGCGGUGAGAGCCUGCCAGUCUUUCCCCGACAACGCCAAGCUGCAAGCCGCCGCCCUGUCCUGUCUGGCCGACCUCACUUCAACCAUCGUGCAGAACAAAGCGGUGGCCCAGCAGGGUAUGGAGGAGGGGGAGGAGGAGGAGAACAGGGGCCGGGAGGAGGUGGAGGACAUGGGCCUUGGCUGGAUGGAGGCCUGCUGCACGGCGCUGGAGCUCCACGCUGCCGAGCCAGACGUCCAGGAAGCUGCUAGCUGGGCCAUCCACAAUCUGUUACUGCACGGAGCUACAGUGAACCAUUCAGAGGAGGAGGGGGAUGAGAGGACUCCCGUUCACAGACAGUUAAUGGUGGCCAUGCUGCUCCACUCCUCCUCUCCCAGUGUGUUUCAAGCUGCUACCAGUGCCAUCGCCACACUCCUCACACACAAUGGUAAAAUGCGUUCUCCGCUGCUGUCCAGCGGCCUCCACGUCAACCUGGUGGAGAUGAUGAAGAGACACUCGACGUCGGCCGAAGUUUCCAUCAACGCCUGCAAACUGCUAAACCUGCUCUUUCAGGGAAGGUCAGCCAGUCUGGAUGAGUUGAACAUGGCCAUGAGUCAGAUCCUGAACACCAUGAAGGUCCACAACUUCAUUCCUGAGGUUCAGCUAGAGGCUCUGCAGGCCAGCCUGGUCUUCCUCUGCCCAGACAGGAGGCUGAGGGAGCACGGGGUCUCGGUCGCCGACCCCGACAUGGCCGACGUGCCGCUGAAGGUCCUGAAAAACCAGUGUGUGGUGGAAGGAGCUCACACCCUCUACCUGGAGGUUCUCAACAGGUUCAUCAGCAGCUCCAUCAUUCAGAGGUGUGGUCUGAAGGUUCUGUCCGCUCUGGCCGACUGCUCCGGUGCCGUGGACCUGCUCUGCCAGCAGGGCGCCAUAGACACGGUGCUGCAUACACUACAGAUGUUCCCACGGGAACGAGAGAUACACUACUGGGGUUUUACCCUGCUCACCUACCUCGUAUCCAAGAAGAAGCUGUCCAGGAUGAUCGUACCUGUUCUGGCCUCCGUUGUUGUCGCCUCACUCAUCCAGUACAGAGACGACUCCGAGAUGCUCCUGAAGUGUUUUCAGGUGGCUUUGAGGAUGCUGGACGCCUGUUCAGGAGCAGCUGCUGAGCUGCAGAGAGAAGACUUUGACAGGCAGAUCUUCCAACACCUCAGAGAGGAGACCUCUGACCAGAGCAACCAUGCUCUGCGUAAGUCGGUGUGCCUGGCCCUGUCUAAGAUGUGGAGCGACUCCCAGCUGCACUACAGCAUGCUGGAGAAGGCCUGCGAGGACGGAGACGCCACGCUGGCCGAGUGUCUGAUCGAGCUGGGCGCCGACAUCAACGGGAAGACCAAGACGGAGUCUCUCAUCUACCAGGUGUGUGAGCGAGGCGGACCCCUGGAGCUGGUGGAGCUCCUCCUCAGCCGAGGGGCCCACGAGCAGCACCUCCGACGGGCUCUGGCGGUGAGCGUGAGGCGCGGCGAGGGUCCCACGGUCAUCCAGCUGCUGGGCCGCCUCGGCCUGGACCUCAACAACAGCGCCCUCUGCCGGGGCUUCAGGCUCGGCCGCCUGGACGCCGCCUGGCUCAGCCCGCUGCUGGCGGACCGAGGGAGAGCGCUCAGCCUCCGUUACAACAACAGUAAAGGUGUGAGUUUGGCAAAGUACAUUCAGUCGGUCCAGAGGUCCAAGAGCAUCAGUGGUACUCCUAGAUCUCUGGGCGACCCCUACAUGACCUCUGGCUACAUUUCGGACGAGAGCAACGACUCCAGCUUCAGCUUCGUCUCCUUGGACGACAGUUUGUUUUUCAACGACGACAUGGAGAGUGAUGGAAGUGACUCUCUGUCGGGCGUUCUGUCUCCAAAGCCGCACAAUAAAUCAUCAGAGGAGUUGAGGGGGGGGUCCUCGAAGAAGAAGCAGGGCCGCCGCAGACACGCCAGUGCAGAAAGUGGUCAAACUGAGACUGAACACAGUGAGCCUGUACAGAGGAGAUCUGGAAGGACCGCUCUGCCCAAAGAAGAGCGGAUCCGCCUGCUGGACCUGUCGGGUAACGAGCUGGACUCUCUGUCCUGUCUGCUGGACGACGGCUUCGUCCAGCAGCAGCUCGGGCAUCUCCUCCGCCUCGACCUGAGCCACAACAGCCUGCUGGAGUUUCCCUCGGCUCUUUGCCAGAAUUUGAAGAGUCUGACCCGACUGGACCUGCAGGGCAACCAGCUGCAGUCUCUGCCGGUGGAGCUGCUGUCCCUGCUCUCGCUGAGCACGCUCAACGUCUCUCGUAACUGCGUGGGUCCCCUGCUGACCUUUGACCCCGCCGUCACCUGCCCAUCACUGAGGCAGCUCAAUCUGUCCUUCAACAAAAUCACUGCGUUCCCUCACGAGCUGGGCCGCGCCAUGAAUCAGCUGGAGGAGCUGUUCCUGGAAGGUAACAGUAUAGCUGAGCUCUGCGAUCCUCUGUAUCUGCCGGAGAUCAAGCUGCUCGAUGUGAGCAAGAACAGCGUGGAGAAUAUUUCUCCAGACCUCCUGAGCGGCUGCCCCAAACUGGAAACAUUCAGUGCCUCCAUGAACAAAAUCUGUUCGCUGUCACAUCUCCCAUCCAAGAUCACAACGCUGAAACUAGCAAACAACGGCUUCACUGAUGUUCCUGAGUCCAUCCUUAAUCUCCCAAAUUUGCGGUCGGUGGACAUGAGAACCAACAGCAUCGCUGUUCUGCCCGGUCCGGGACUCUGGGAGUCCAGCAACCUCCGAGAGCUGAUUUUCAGCCAGAACGGCAUCAAAGUUCUGGAUCUGAGUGGGCCGAUCCACAAGUGGACCAGACUGGAGAAACUCCACCUGAGUGACAACAAGCUCUCUGAGAUCCCCCAACAGAUCGGCCUGUUGGAAGGACUCACCUCCCUGGACGUGAGUCGUAACGCUAACGUGCGGUCCUUCCCCGAUGAGAUGGGGAAACUGGGCCGACUGUGGGACCUCCCGCUGGACGGCCUUCGACUCCAGCUGGACUUCAAACUGAUCGGCAGCAAGACCAAAGACAUUGUCAGGUUCCUGCAGCAGCGGCUGAAGAAGGCGGUGCCGUACUACCGCAUGAAGCUCAUCGUGGUGGGGAACGCCGGCAGCGGGAAGACCACCCUGAUCCAGCAGCUGAUGAAGCUGAAGCGCUCCCAGCUGAACUCCAAGCUGAACGCCGUCGGCAUCGACGUCCGGGACUGGACCAUCAGGGAGCGGGACAAGAAGAGGAUGGUGCUGAACGUCUGGGACUUCUCAGGAGGAGAGGAGUACAGCGGCUCUCACCCUCACUUCCUGACCUCCAGAGCUCUCUACCUGGUGGUGUACAACCUCAGCAAAGGAGCCAGCCAGGUGGACGCCCUAAAGCCGUGGCUCUUCAACAUCAAAGCCGUCGCCCCUCUCUCCCCGGUCAUCCUGGUGGGAACCCACACGGAUGUGAGCGACGAGCUGCAGCUUCAGUCCUGCCUGACCAAGAUCAGAGAGGAGCUGCUGAACCACCAGGGCUUCCCCGCCAUCCGGGACUACCACAUGGUCUCCGUCUGCGAGGACUCGGACUCCAUGGCCAAGCUGCGCAAGGCCAUCGCCAGGGAAGUCACCAGCUUCAAGAUCCAGGGUCAGCCCGUGAUGGGCCAGCUGGUUCCUGACAGCUACGUGGAGCUGGAGCGCCGGGUUCUGCAGGAGAGAGCCAGGGUUCCCCCGGAGUUCCCCGUUCUCAGGCACCGGGAGCUGCUGCAGCUCAUCCAGGAGAGUCAGCUGCAGCUGGAGGAGGCGGAGCUUCCCCACGCCAUCCACUUCCUCAGUGAAGCAGGGGUUUUACUGCACUUUGAUGAUCCUGCUCUUCAGCUCCAGGAGCUCUACUUUAUCGACCCACAGUGGCUGUGCAACAUCAUCUCACAGAAACUGACAUUAAAGAGCUGCGGCUUCUGGGAUCAACCUAAAGGAGUUAUUCAGCGCUCGGUGGUGGAAAAGUUCCUGUCUGAGGCCAAAUGUUUCCCCAAGAGUCACAUGACGCAGUUCUUCAAACUGCUGGAGAAGUUUCAGAUCGCUCUGCCCUUCGGCGAGGACCAGCUGCUGAUACCAAGCAAUUUGUCCAAACACAGACCGGUGAUCGAGCUGCCUCACUGCGAGAACUCCGAGGUGAUUGUGCGUCUGUACGAGAUGCCGUACUUCCCCAUGGAUUACUGGUCCCGACAGAUCAGCCGCCUGCUGGAGGUCUCGUCCUACCUGCUUUGUGGAAGAGGAAAAGUGGUGCGACCCAACCGGAUCUACUGGAGGAGAGGAGUGUACCUGAGCUGGUCCCCGGAGGCCUACUGCCUGGUGGAGGAGAACCCCUCCAGCUUCGUCAGGAUAACUGUGCCCUCUUCACGCAAAGGCCGGGUUCUGCUGGGUCAGGUGGUGGAUCACAUCGACUCCCUGCUGGAGGAGUGGUUCCCCGGCCUGCUGAACACCGACAUGCACGGCAGCGGAGAGGCUCUGCUGAAGAAGUGGGCUCUCUACAGCUUUGAGGACGGCCAGGAGUGGAGCAAGAUUCUGCUCGAGGACCUCUUCACCUGUUUUGACAACGAUUUCCUGCUGGUGAAGCCGGAGGACCCUCGCUGCACACUUCCCAUCUCUCAGAUCGCUCCUGACUUGGUGCUGAGCGACCAGCCUGCAGGAACGAUACUGUACGGAGAAGAGCUGCAAGUAGACAUGUCGAAGGAGAACCGACUGGGUGACGGUGGCUUCGGGACGGUCUAUCGAAGCGUCUACAAAAACGAAGAAGUAGCCGUGAAAAUAUUCAACAAGCAUGCAUCUGAGCUUUACAUCUACAGACUCCUCAGACAGGAGUUGGUGGUGUUGGGUCGCCUCCGUCACCCCAGCCUGGUGGGUCUGCUGGCAGCCGGCUCCUCCCCUCAGGUCCUGGUGAUGGAGCUGGCUCUGAGAGGAUCUCUGGACUCUCUGUUUGAACACGAGCACGGCAGCCUGAACACGAAGCUGCAGCACAGAAUCGCCCUGCAGGUGGCCGACGGACUCAGGUACCUUCACUCGUCCAUGAUCAUCUAUCGGGACCUGAAGCCGCACAACGUCCUGCUGUUCAACCUGAAGACCGACUCCGAGAUCAUCGCCAAGAUCACCGACUACGGCAUCGCUCAGUACUGCUGCAGCAUGGGAGUGAGGAGCUCGGAGGGCACGCCGGGUUUCCGAGCACCGGAGGUCGCCCGCGGCAACGUGAUCUACAACCAGCAGGCCGACGUGUUCUCCUUCGGCCUGCUGCUCUACGACCUCCUGACCUGCGGGGAGAGGAUCUCUGACGGCAUGAAGUUCCCCAGUGAGUUCGACGAGGUCGCCGUGCAGGGGAAACUACCGGACCCAGUGAAACACUACGGCUGCUCUCCUUGGCCCGGCUUCCAGACGCUGAUGAAGGACUGUUUGAGGGAAAGUCCUCAGGGUCGACCCACCUCCGCUCAGGUGUUUGACCGGCUGAACUCGGGGGAGAUGUUGUGUCUGAUGAGGGAGAUGGCGGUUCCCCGGGUGUUCAACGCCGAGUGCUUCGCGGUGAGCUCCGUCAGCACUGAAGGCCCCUCCAUCAGCCACCGAGCCUGGCUGGGUGGAGGCAGCAGCGCCAAGAGACUGGGCUCCAUCACAGCUGUGGACCUGGACGACAGCACCGUCACCACGCAGGAGAUAGACACCAGUCCCGUCCUGUGUCUUGUGACCGUCCAAAUCCCAGGCGAGGCGUGUGAUUGGCUGGUGGCAGGCACCCAGUCUGGCUCCUUAGUGGUCGUCAGCACUCAGGACGCGUCGACUCGGCACCGCCUGCAGAGUGUCACGGACGCCGUCACCUCGCUCUACUUCCACGUGCACCCUCGUCACACCCAAAGAAAGAAUUACCUGCUGGUUGGGACAGCUAAUGGAGUUCUCACUGUUUAUGAGGACUCUGUUCUAAAGCAGGAGAAAGGUCAGCCGGUCAAAACUCUCACCGUGGGAAACGUCAACACGCCCGUCAUGUGUCUGGGUCAGUCGUCUCAUUCUCUGGACAGCAGGUCGGUGUGGGCCGGCUGCGGCUCCAAGAUCCUCUCCUUCACCGCCGACUACGACGUCUGCAAUAGCAUCGACACGAGACCCAGCCUCGCCCUGCAGCAGCAGCGGUCUCUGGGAGGAGAAGCGUGUGUGUCCCGACUGGUUGUGGAUAAAUACGUUUACCUGAGCAAAGCCGGGACAACCAGCGUGGAGGUUUGGGAUAAGAGGGGCGAGAGGAUGGUGGACUGCAUCGACUGUGCUCAGGUCAUCAGACAGGACUCCGGCUGCAGAGGCAGGAAGGGCAGCGAGGUGGAGCGGCCCGUCGAGGCGGCUCCCCACUGGGCCAGAGUGAAGUCCCUGCUGGUGCAGAGCGCUGCAGCCCUCUGGAUCGGCACUAGAGGGGGCCACCUGCUGCUGCUGGAGCUCUCCAAACACCAGGCGCUGCAGGUCAUCGGGCCCUGCUGCGACUCCAUCCGCUGCAUGGCCUCCACUCUCAUAGAAACACUAAACUGGAAGAACGUGGUGCUGAUUUUGGGCAGAAGACUCCCACAAGACACAAAUCAGUUUGACAAGGAGUCGGUGCUGAUGGUGUGGAACAGCACGCUGCCGAUGGAGGUCAAAGACCUCAACAAACACUGCGAGAAGAGAGAGCAGAUGGCAGCCAGAAUGAACGAGCAGCUCCUUCAUGAAUGAGACGCCACACGUUUAAUGUUCGAGGAAAAGGGAUCAACUCUCCGGUGGAUCGAUGAAUCAGCAGUGCACAUUGACGGGGAUGUUUUACCUCAUGUUCUGAAAGCCACUCCUUAUUUUGUCAGUGCACUGACCAAAAACCAAUGAAGGAUGGGGGGGGGGGGGGGGGGGCACAUUGCAAUGAAGAUGCACACUUAUGACAUAAUUCGCUGUGUUUUACGAGACAAUCUUUGUAAUUUGUGAAGAGAGACGUUUUUCUAAAAGGGACACAGAUGAUAUGAUGUGCGUUGUUAUCAGCGCAGAUGUUCAGGAAGACCUCCUGCUCCUGAUGAAAGGAGACGUUUGUUUACCCGCAGGGUGGUUUUAAAAAAAAAAAAACAUGGAAAGAAAGCCUAAGGAAAAAAAAGCCUCUAUAAUUGUAUAUUUGAUUAUUUAUUCUCAUGUCUAUUUGUGUUUAUCUGUGAGCUCGUUUAUACAAAGUUUUUAUGUCAUGUUACCGAAAGUCGCUGUUUGUAAUGGUAUCAAACUGUCAGUAAAUGCUAUUUUAUGUACUGUGAUGGCUCUCUGUAAAUGUAAAUGAACACAGGAGAAGUAUAAAUACUUCAAUUAGAUAUUUUGUUAUUUGAUUUAAAGAUUUUUUA